AUGCCACCAGUGCAGUACUCUCCGAUCAAGCCUGUCAAUAAGAACAAUCCCAUGGUCAAUCCUGAGAUGAAUCUCAAUCCAGGAACCAUCUCGGAUCCAGCAGGAGUGACAAACCCAGCAGUUGUGCCAAAUUCAACGGGAGUUCCGAAUCCAGUGGAAGCGAUGAAUCCUGUGGUGAUCGUAGUGCCAAAUCCUCCUUCAAGAGCAGGCGAAUCAAGCAGUGGAUCAUCCUUCCAUGGAUUUCAUUGGCAGGAACAAGUGGACCGCGGUACCAUGACUAAACUGAACGGACUUUUCCGCCAACGAAGCCAGGUCGAGCAGAAGGUGGUUCGCAUCCAGUUCACCUUGCGAGACCAAAGACACCUGAGUCUGGCUCAGCUUAACGUCAUUACCGGCAAACUUGCAGCAGCCUACGAAGAAUUCAGCAGGUUCCACAGUGAAAUCAUGGCCCUAAUUCCCGACGACGCAGAGGACGAACAAGAAGAGAUCUACACUGCUUUCGAGGAUCGUCACGAUGCUGCAUCCACUGUAGUCCAGGAGAUGAUCAUAGCUCUCAACCGCAACACUCCUCCAGCCGUCGCCACACCGCACGUAGUGAUCCAGCAGCAACCCCUGAAAGUUCCGAUUCCCACAUUUGACGGGACUUACUCCAGCUGGCCUAAGUUCAAGGCAAUUUUCCAAGACCUAAUGGAAAAUUCUGCCGACUCUGACGCAAUAAAACUGUACCAUCUGGACAAGGCCCUAGUUGGAGCUGCUGCUGGCUCCCUCGACGCCAAAAUCAUCAACGAGGGCAACUACGAGCAAGCUUGGAGAGUGUUAAGCGACCGCUAUGAAAAUCAGCGGCUCAUCGUCGAAAGUCACCUAAGAGGCCUGCUCAACCUGAAGAAGAUGUCCAGCGAAUCAUCCAAGGAGCUGCGCUGUUUGCUCGACGAGGUAACCGGACAUGUGGAGAGCCUGCGAUAUCUCAAGCAAGAACUCACCGGCGUGUCUGAGCUUCUAGUCGUGUACCUCAUCACCGCUGCUCUCGACAAGGCUACUCGAAAGGCUUGGGAAUCUACAGUUAAAAGCACCGAACUGCCGAAGUACACUCCAACUGUCGAUUUUCUGAAGUCUCGCUGCCAAGUUCUGGAGAAUUUCGAGUUGUCACAGGUUCCAGCUUCGCCAGUUCUCAAACCGAAGCUCACGCAGUCGUCUCUCAAGCUGCCGCCCCAGAAGAGCAACGCAGCCGUGUGUUCAAAUCCAAGAGACACUUCCUGUGAUUUUUGCUCCGACCACCACUUCAACUACCAAUGCUCGGCAUUGAAGCAGUUGACCACAGCUCAAAGAGCAGAGAAGAUUCGAUCCAUCGGUCUUUGCUUCAAUUGCCUCCGUAAAGGUCACCAGUCGAAACACUGCCCUUCAGCCAAAACCUGCCGGAAAUGUAGCAAGAAGCACCAUACCUUGUUGCAUGCUGAUUCCAACCUAGAAAACACUCAGGACCUCCAAGACAACGUUUUCAAUCCGAAGUCAGUACACGACAUGAGUGCUUCUGCUCCCACCUCUCCAACUCUGAAGACAAGUCCGUUGGUGUCGACGAUCUGUUCAUGCAGUAAAGCAGCACUUCGAGCAGCACAGGAAACCAAAACUGUUCUGUUAUCCACUGCCGUGGUCCACGCUAUUCACAAGAAUGGCAAUCCGUAUCCAUGCCGAGUAUUGCUGGAUAGUGGAUCGCAGGUAAACUUCGUAACCGAAACCAUGGCCAAUCUCCUGAGAUUACCAAAAACGAAAGCCGACGUCCCUAUCACUGGAAUCAAUGCUUGUCGAAGCAUCGCUCGUGAGAAGGUUUCAGUCACUUUCCGCUCCAGGCUCACUGAGUUUCAAGCCACUAUUGAAUGCUUGGUGACUCCCAAGGUGACACCGUUCGUACCCUCUACAAGGCUGGACGUCAGUGACUGGGAUGUACCAGACACCAUUCAGCUUGCGGAUCCAAGAUUCCAUAUUCCCGACAAGAUCGAUCUACUCAUCGGAGGAGAACUGUUCUUUGACAUCCUCAAGCAUCACCGCAUCGAUUUGGGCGACAACCUACCCAUUCUUUGUGCUACCAGCCUCGGAUGGAUAGUGACGGGAACUAUCACUGCUCCAGCAACACCUGAGUCGUCAGUUCGUCACUCAAACAUUGCAAUUGUAGAAAAUGUUGAAGUGCUUAAGCAUGAUCCGUCAAUUUCCAGUAGUUUACCAACGAACAAAAUCUACGAGGACCAGUCUGUGUCGACGCAUUCUCGAAAUUCAACAGAUCGAUUUGACUUUCGACAUCCUUUCAAACGGACUGUGGAUCAACUUGAUAACCGGUGUGGUCCAGCACUUUCAGGAUCCAUCAUGUUGGAGAACCGAUUCAAACACGAUCCAAGCUCGCGGGACAGAUGCUUUAAUCGUCUUCCUGAACAUGAUUCCUGUGAGUGUCGUCAUCACCUCGAUGAAGCUAACAGCCUACCGCUUCAAGCCACGUGCUGCAUGCCCCAUCAUGCAGUUCUAUUCCCAACAUGCUCCAAUCGAGAAUCCUUCGAUACAGGUGUGAAGUCGCAGCCUGCUAUACAACCCUUGAACGAAGUUUUGAUGCUCGCCAACGAAGACAAAGAAGAUUCCGAUUUCCAGGUUAUGACCCAGCAACACUUUGAUGUCGAUCACACGUUUCUUGAAACUGAACCGGAGAAAAAUCUUGUCAACCACAUUGUGAUGGCACACAAUGAAUGCCGAGAACAAACAUGGAAUUCGGCUUCAUACGAAUCUUCACAGCAUACGUCGCCAGAGCAAAGAGAGAAACAUCUGCCACUCUACGAUGACAUCGUGAAGAAAAUGCUCAAGGUUCUCGCUAAGUAUGAAGAUGCCAAGGACAAUCGUUUUCCUAUCACCAACACAACGACCCAAUCGUCAGUCUUAUCCCAGAAAGCUAUGGAACAGCAUGAGUACUCUGAGAAUCAGCACCCCUCUGUUACACUCGAAACUUUUUCACCAGUUGGCAUAGUGGCUGAGCCCUCAAUCCAACACACUUGGAAAGUCAUGCCCAAUAGUGAAGAGCUACUAGACAACGAAUCUCAACAAAGGUGGAUAGAUCUCCAAAGUGCUAUACCUCAGUUGAAGCCUGUCCAAGUACCCAGGAGCGUACUGUUUCCCAAUGCGAUGGUCUACGAGAUACAAGAAUUAAAUGGCAUGGCAGUCACCGCCUACGGAUCAAUUCUUCAGCUACACGAAGCGGAUGUUUCAACCGAGUUACGCUUCCAAAACAUCAAGGAGCCCAAGGUUGUUUAUCUGGACGGAUACUCAGUUCCCCGAACAAGGUUCAUCGCUCCUAACUGCAAGAAGAAAUCUCCAGACUGA